AUGACAGACGUUGUUAGCAUUAUUGAAAGGGUCAUUUCGUUGGGCCAGCAAAUCGCUGAGCGACUAGAAGCGCAUACAGAAGCUGCCCAGAGUCUCUUGAAGUUGGAGAACAUUUUGGGAAUGCUCAAAAAUAUGCUCGCCGACAUUGAUUACGCCCGUGUUAAUAAAGCCUAUAUUGUCAGUAUCAAAGACGCCCUUGAACGAACACAGAAGGUUUAUAUGAGGUGUGCCGAGGAUCUUAAUAUAAAGGACAAAAAGUCUAUCGCUGGCAAACUCAAGAAAAUCGCUGGAAUAUAUAAAGCCCCCAGUAUCUUAGCUGACAUUCAAAAGUCCAUCGUAGACGUUGAAAGCCAUCUUAACAUCACAGAUAAGGCUUUGAGUAUUAUACAACGCGUUCAGACUUUAUCCACACCUACGAUAGUUUCAACAACUACUUCAACUACCACAACCACUUCUACUAAUAUGCUAAGUUCGGAAUUGAAAGAGGCGCUAGCCAAUACAAUAGAUGAAUUAGUGUCAAGGCUUAAAAGCGAUUGUCAACAGCUUCAAGAAAAGCUCGAACGUUGUACACUUUCCACUGAAUCCUUUACUAUUGAAAACUUAGGAAGAGAUAAUCCCGAGGCGAUUUCAUUUUGGAAGGAACGUUUCAGGUCUGCCGAGCUCAGCAUAUCAUCUGUUGCUCCAUACGAGAAUAUGUACGUCUCAUGGGCUCGGUUUGUUCACGAACUCGAGGUAACCUUUCAGCUAAAGAAUAUUCCAACCGCAAUUAUGAGGAAUGGCACCAUUGACGACUUCCGUCGGUAUGGUAACAGAUAUUACAUCGAUUCAACCGUGACGCGCGAUCUCAAAGACAUUCGACCACUUUGGAUUCCAUACUUGCGAAAAGCAUUGGAUCCACUCUAUAAAGGGUACAUUAAACCACAUGAUUACUUGAAUUUCCUUGGUGAAGAUUCGUUGUCCAACAAACUGAGGCAAGUCGUUCUCGAUAGCUGUGGAUACGGUAUUCUUGUGGAAUGUCAGCGAACAAGUGGUGAUAUUUCCCUUCCUUCUGAAAUAGAGAGUCCUGCCCACAGCGUUGGUUGGAUGUCCGUCUGUCAAAUCGUCUCGGUUCCAACAUCGACGGAACUUGGCAUAUUCAUAUACGAAAAGAACGCACAGCAACGUUUUAACAACCUUAUUGAAAACAUCACUUAUCCUAAAAACGACAUCUGGGCGUACGUUCGCUACCUCCAAACUGGCCAAAUCGAAAAAAAACUUAUUUCAAAGAACGUACGAAUGCUUGGUGGGCUUCGUAUUGGAACCUCAAUUGCUAUUUUGGAAACCUUGGAAAAUGGUUUAAGUGCUUGGAGUGACAGCCAUUUAAUCGUGGAGCUUAAAGCUUGUGUUGGUGGUCGAUAUAUUGUGACCGCUGGAUCAGGAGAAAAUGUUAUUGUGUUUAAGACAAAGCCGCAAACUGGCUUUAAUGAUCUGAUACAGAAUGACCAACUCGAUGACUUUGACGAUAUUCCAGAAUUUGAUUAUUGUAUUUUGGGGCCCUCGACGGUUUUUACUCAGGAACCUAAAAUUGGUGAGAAGAUCCAGAUAAAUGUGGACGGAUUAUGGCAUGAUGUCAAAGUUACCGCGGUCAAUGGUAAAUUUGUAAAACAUAUUGACGAACUAUAUGCACAACAAAAAAAUCCUGCUAGAUGUUGGUGUCCGUGGACGGAAGGAAUAUCGAGUUCGGAUAUUAGGCCUUAUCGGUGCCUUCACGUUGGUGAUCUUGUUGAAGCACCCGUCAUAUACCAAGACUAUCUUUUCCGUUACUAUUGCCUCGAAGAAUCGCAACUUUAUCUCCCAGCUCGAAUUAUUGAUGUUCAGGAUGAUCAGUAUCUGGUCAAGUUUAGCCCUGCUGUCAGUGCUUACGCUUGGUGGCCUGGUAAUACUUCAAGUGAUAACGAAUUUCCACGCGAACUAGGUUCUAAGGAAACUGUUAAGAAUCCAUUUGAUGGCAUACAAGUUACCAUGAGUAUGGAUCGGGUUCGCCCUUACAUUGCUGGACCACACCCUGUUUUGGAUACACAGUCAAUAAGACCACAUAGUUGGUCAGCGUUUCAGGGCGUUCAAUUCACAGACUUGCAACAAAUCGAUGAAAAUAUUCUGUGGAAAUGA